CGACAUUAAUCCCGUAACUACAAAUGAGUUUGAUGCAAUUUAAAUAAAAUUUGACACCACAUGACUCCAACCAGUACCCUACAGCAAAAGAAACCAGAGAUUUUCUGUUUCCUUUCUCUGCAGGCUGCAGCUCUAUCCAAUGGUUCAGCCAGGGGUGCCUGUCUUGUUUGAUCUUUUUCCUCAUUCUUUUUCUGUUCUUCCUCUUCUUCAGUCAGAUUCUCCACAUACCCUUCAUCUGAUUAUUAACCACUAAGCUCAAACAAUUGAAAUUGAAAACAGAAUUCCAAACUCCAGAGAAAAAAAAAUGCAAAAAGAGUCAUCUCCAUCACCUCCAUCACAAGAUCAAGCAAUUUUCAAGGCCAUUGCAGCCACAUCUGCAGGAACUGUAUUUGUCGCUGCGAUCUUCUUCUAUUUCUUUUACAGAUUCGCCAUGGCUCGACAGCGCCAGAGGAAUGAAUUCAGGUCAAGUUUUCGCCGGGAAGAAGAAGUGGUAACUCAACCUCCAUUCCGGCAACAAGGCAGUACUCUGAGAAGAGUGGUUGUUGAUGAGAAUGUAUUGGAUGUUCUUUAUCUAAGGAAGCUGGAAGAUAGGCAACUCAGGAGCUGUUUCUCUAAGAUUUGGUUUAAUCCAAUGGAAGAAGAAGAAGAAGAAGAGAGGGUUGAUGGCAGAGGAGAUAAACCCGAAAAAUGGGGACCAAUCCAUGAAAUUCCUUUACUUCAUGAUCAAUCCUAUACAGUUGAUUUUGAGACACAAGCAAAAACAAUCCCACCAUUAAAAGCUCCACCACCCACGGCGGCAGAACUGCAGCAGCCAGGGCUGCCACCACCAGGGACUCAGCCUGCACUCCGGCAGCCUCCACUGGUUGUUCCACAUACAGAGAAAACCCCAGUAAGACCACCACCACCACCUCCUCCUCCUCCUCCUCAAUUGGCUACUCCAAUAAAGCAAAUCCCACCACCGUCUCCACCACCACCACCACCACCUCCUCCUCCUCCAACACCCACCCCUAUUAAGGGCCUUACCAAACCACCAGUAAAAAGAAACCCUGCACCACCACCUAGGGUAGGUGGCUUAGCUUCAUCAUUGAAGCCCCCUGCUGCACUAAGAGGAAAAGAAAUCAGCAAUAACAGAACUGAGGCCUCAACUGAAGAAAUCACCAGAGGGAAUGGUGAAGUCCAAUGGAAGAUGAAGCCACUGCACUGGGACAAGGUUAUGGCCAAUGUUGACCAUUCAUUAGUCUGGAAUGAUAUCAACGAUGGUUCUUUCCGAUUUGAUGACAACCUUUUAGAAGCUCUGUUCGGAUACACUGGCAACAACCAGAAAUCUGAAAAAAGUUAUGCAUUUUCAAGUUCAGGAAGUUCCAACUCAGCCCAGCCUGGUCAAAUUUUCAUUCUUGAUCCUCGGAAGUCCCAAAACACGGCAAUUGUUCUUAAAUCUCUUGCAAUCUCUCGCAAAGAAAUCCUUGAUGCCCUUUUAGAUGGUCAAGGACUCAAUGCUGAUACUCUUGAAAAGCUAGCAAAAAUUGGCCCAACCCAAGAGGAAGCAACCAAAAUUCUUCAAUUUAAUGGAAAUCCAACAAAACUAGCUGAUGCAGAAUCUUUCCUCUACCACAUACUGAAAGCUGUUCCCUCGGCAUUUAUCCGAAUCAAUGCAUUGCUUUUCAGAUCAAAUUACGACCCAGAAAUACUGUAUCUCAAGGAGUCUCUGCAAACCCUUGAAUUAGGAUGUAAAGAAUUGAGAGCUCGUGGGAUUUUCUUAAAACUUCUCGAAGCAACUCUUAAGGCAGGUAAUCGGAUGAAUGCUGGAACUUCCAGAGGAAAUGCACAAGGCUUCAACCUGAGUGCUCUUCCAAAACUUUCCAAUGUUAAAAGCACAGAUGGAAAGUCCACUCUACUUCAAUUUGUCGUGGAACAAGUUGCUCGAUCCGAAGGUAAACGUUGUGUGAUCAAUCGGAACCAUAGCCUUGGCAGAAGCAAUAAUCAAGGCAGCAAAAACAGUGACCACAAUUCAGAUAGCCUGGUGUCCAAUGAAGAGAGUGAUAGAGAGUACCUCUUGCUUGGCUUACCAGUGUUAGAAGGCUUAAGUACCGAGUUCUCUAAUGUAAAAAAAGCAGCCACCAUAGACCACGAUAGUUUCAUAAAUAUGUGUUCUAUUCUCACAGUCAGGGUCAAUCAGAUUAGGCAGCUUGUGGCACAUUGUGGCAAUGGUGAAAGAGGAGGAUUUGUGACUGAAAUGAAAGGGUUUCUAGAGGAAUGUGAAGAAGAACUUAAGGUGGUGAGAGAGGAACAAACAAGGGUGAUGGAGCUGGUAAAGAGAACAACAGAAUAUUAUCAAGCAGGAGCUUUCAAGGACAAAGGGACACGCCCACUUCAGAUUUUUGUCAUUGUUAAGGAUUUUCUGGACAUGGUUGAUCAAGUUUGUAUUGACAUCACAAGGAAGCUUCAGAAGAAGAAUGUCACCGUUGUAGUGUCAUCACCGCCGGCAUCGCCACCAGUAUCACCGUCGGGGAAGGCCUCAGUGAGGUUCCAGAACUUGCAUUCGUAUGUCUUGGCGGAAAAGUCUGGCACUUCAUCUUUUAGUGAAUCUGAGGAUGGUUUCUGAAGAGGGUUUUUGUCAUAGUUCUGUAGGAAUAUGAUUGAUGCAGAAAGACUAGAAGAGGAGGAACUGACUUCUUUUGUAAAGGGAACAAAGGAAAUUUCAAAUUCCUUAGAAUUAAU